AUGAAUAAGAAGGAAAUUGUGCUUCUUCUCACUAAGGAAAAAAACAAUGUUGCGCGACAAGUUGGACGUUUUUGUGUCUCGUAUUUACGGAGCCCGUUAAGUACGUAUUUCAGCGCCUUUAACACGUUGUUUAUCUCUUUCCAUUCUAACUGUAUCGCUGCUACCCAAUCUCGGCCAAACAGUGCUGCUGUGUCUCUCUUGACUAGAUAUAACAAGAAGUUAAAGAGUCUACAGUUCUCUCAAAAUGACAUCGAUGAAGUGAAGUCGAAGGUGAGAAAGCUAGAAGAAGAUCUUCUUGAAGCAGAAGACAAGAUAGACUAUCUGGAAAACCAAAGCAGGAGAAAUAACGUUCGAAUAAGCGGAAUCAAGGAAGACAACAACGAAAGCUGGUCCACCACCGAAGACAAAGUAAAAACUAUUCUAAAGGAAAAGAUGGGCAUGUUUCCCGAGAACGUGGAGAUUGAGAGAGCACAUCGAACGGGCAAACCUCGUAUAGACAAGCCAAGACAGAUCGUUGUGAAAUUCCUCCGUUAUAAGGAUCGAGAAUCUGUCUUAGAUAAACGUAAAUCAUUGAAAGGCACUGGAAUUUUUGUUAAUGAAGACCUGUCAUCCAGAGUUCUAAAGAGAAGACAAGAACAACAAGGUCGCCUAGAAGAAGCACGUAAAGAGGGCAAAAUUGCGUACUUUAGAAUGGAUCAUUUAGUCAUCAAGAAUCGCGCGUUUCAGACUCCAAGCCGACUUCAUCCUUUUAGAACUUUGGGAGCAAGCGCCGGUAUCAGAUCAGAUGGCUUAGUGAAUGCGAGUCUUGGAUGUACUCAAGUCACGAGGGAAACUGACCAAUGAAAAACAUGAUAAAUCAAAUCCUGGAAAAUUGGACUUCAGUCAAGCUAAGUAGACUAUAAUAGUUCUCUUUAAUCAACAAUUAGAACUAGCUUAUCUACUUUCGCAUAUGUAUUUUAACUUUACUUGCUAGAAAAAAUGUCUGCUACAAAAUCUAAAUGCAAAUUGUGCCUUUCAUGUAGUAAACGGAUCUAUUCAAAUUGUAAGGAAAUUAUACAAUACUCGCAUUGCAACAAUGUUUCACACCUGAAGUGCGUGCGAAAUACUAAUGAACAGGAUUCUAUCGACUUCCUGUGUCCCAAGUGCAUUGCUGAAGCUUUACCUUUCAUAUCCUUAACUCAUGAUGAAUUUCAAUUGGCACUUUUUGAAUUACAACAUGGAUCUAGUCGUUUCUAUGAUCUAGAUCACUUAAACGCUUUGUCUUUCCACCCCUUUAGAGAUGAUAGUUGUAACAAAUCAAAAGCUAACUUUAUUGAUAAUUUUUGUGAUCUAGAUGAGCGUGUUUUUAAUAGAAUAGACAAAAUGACCGAAAAAUGUAGAUAUUACGUAGAAGAAAGUUUCAGUGAUAUUACUAAAAAUAACAUAGAGUUUUCAUUUAUCCAUUUUAAUAUUAGAAGUUUACGCAAAUACUUCCUGGAUCUUGAAUGUUAUCUUGAUUCUCUCAGCUUACGCUUUGAUGUCAUUGCGCUAAGCGAGACCUGGCUGAAAGACAGUGAUGACAGUAGUCUUUUUGUACUUCCGAAUUAUCAUUCUCCCGUAUUCUUAAACAGGCCGAAUGAAGACGGAGGUGGUGGCGUAGCUUUGCACAUAAGUAC